AUGCAGGGUCAACGGACAGAGGAGUACCGGAAACUGCGCGCAUUCUUUCAGGAAGUAGACGAGUUUGAGAUGGAGGAGGAGGAGGAGGAGGAGGAGGAGGUGGAGGAGGCGCGGGAGCGGGCGAACAAGUGGGUGGAUAAGGGGAGGGCGAGGGACGAGGGAGUGGAGAGUGUGCUGGAUGCGUUUCAGGGGUGGUGCUGGUAUGUUCCGCCUUCAGGGGAUGGUGGUGGGCAAGAGGAUGGGGGAGGGGGUGGGGGAAGGGAUGGUGGAGGAGAUGGGGGAGGGGAUGGGGAAAGGGAUGGGGGAGGAGAUAGGGGAGGGGGUGUGGGAGUGGGGAGUGACUGGGUGCCGGAGUUUAUGGCUAGGGAAGCUGGGCUGUUGGGUGCACUGCGUAGGGUGGAUGAGGGAGGGGCGGAAGGGGAGGAGGAGGAGAACGAGGAGGACGAGGAGGAAGAGGAGGAAGAGGAGGAAGAGGAGGAAGAGGGAAGAGGAUAUUUUGAGGAGAAGGCAGGAAAAAUGCAACAGGAGGAGGAGGAGGAGGAGGAGGAGGAGGAGGAGGAGGAGGAGGAGGAGGAGGAGGAGGAGGAGGAGGAGGAGGAGGAGGAGGAGGAGGAGGAGGAGGAGGAGGAGGAGGAGGAGGAGGAGGAGGAGGAGGAGGAGGAGGAGGAGGAGGAGGAGGAGGAGGAGGAGGAGGAGGAGGAGGUUACCAGGGCAGAGAUCUCAUUCGACGCGUACCUCCACUCACAGCUCUCCAGCCUCAAGCUCUCUGACAGAGUCGCCACAACCGCUAGCCCAAGCGCACUGGGCAGCACAUUGAGAGGCGGGGAAGGUCCGGUGCCAGCAGCAGCUUCAGAGCCAGAAGAAGGAGGAGCAGGCGAUGUGACGCCUAGCAGAGCUGUAGGAACUUUUCCCAGCGGUGGGGUAGGUGUGGCUGCCAGCACUGCUGUUGGUGAAAGCCGGGAAGGGCAGGCAUGGGAGGAGGGGGACACGGUGGGUGGAGGCGAAAGGUGGAGAAGAGAGGGCGGAGCAGAGGGGCAGGGUGAUGAGAGUACUGUUGUGCAAGGGCGCUGGGGCGCUGGAGGUGAGCGGUUAGAGGAGGAAGGCGGUGGGACGAAACCCGAGAGUGGCUGUAACAGAGGUGCCUUUAGCGAGCUGUCAGUAGGGAAUGAGUGUGUGGGAGAAGGGAAACAAGGGCAAGGGCAUCGACAAAGUAAAGGGGAGGCACACGAGGUGUCGUCGAAGGAGGUGUGGUCAGAGGAUGCAGGUUCGAAAGGGGUGAGUGAGCUGGCGAGGGAAGAGACUUUUGAGUCUCAAGAAGGGAAGACGAACGAGGUGUGGUCAAAGGAGGUGUGCUCAGAGGAUGCAGGUUCGGAAAUAACAGAUGAGCUGGAGAGGGGAGCGCCUGAGGUGGUGCCUCAUGGGUUGGAGGCACUGCACAGACUAAGGGAGUCGUCUGGUGGUGGCAGCACUCUGCUGCAAGAUUCUGGGGACUCUGCUGAGGGCAUGGGCGUGGGUGUGGGCAACGCAGAGGACGUGGUGGAUCUCACUGGGUGCAGCAGUGACGACGACUCUGUCAACUCUUAUCACUCUGACGGCUCUUCUGACUCUGAUACUCCUGGUGAUGGUGAAGUGGACGAUUCCGCCUGUGCUCACGAGGACGGGUCAGAGCUGGAGAGAGGAGUGAGAGGGGGAUAUGUGGAGCGAGGCAAGCACCAGAACAGGCUACAGGCGCAGAAGCAGAUGCAGCAGCAGAGGCAACAGCAGAAGCAUGGGAGGCAGAGUGUAGGAGCAAAUCAGCCGAGCCAGCGAGUCCUGAGAAGCAGCAUGCGUCGAAACACGCUAGCCUCUGGGGCUUUUGCCGCAGAGGUUACCACUGGCGCCGGUGGUGACGCUGGUCUAGGAAAGAGGGCCAACAUGGUUGCUGCUGGCCAUGUUCGCGCUGAUCCUGCGUUCUCUCCUGCUCCUGCUCCUGCUCCUGCCCCCUCUCCUGCUCCUGCUCUCCCUCCUGCUCCUGCUCCCACUCCUGCUGCAGCUGCUGGUGAUGCGCCCGUUGCUCCGCCAGGGCAUCGAGAUGCACGUGCCCGCCAUAGCAUGAACAGCCGCCGCACGCUGAGGAGCAGCUUGGGUGGAUCAGGAGGAGGGGAAAGAAGGGGUGCUCCUGAUGAGAGCAGCACGCGUGCAACACGAAGCACUGGCCGCACAAGGACCACGCCUGCCCGUCAAGGCCGUCAGGAGAAGCAGUCUUGUGGGAAUGGAGCUGGACGUGCGAGGAUGGGGCAUGAGGAGGAGCGGGAGAUCGGAUCCAGGGAUGGGGGUUUGGGCUGUGCUGCUGACGAGGUGCGGGAGAUCGCAUCCAAUGAUGAGGGUGUGAGCCGUGCUGCGGAGAAGGUGCGGGAGGUGUGUGGUGUGGUUGAGAGGGGUGACGAGAGGGCAGGGAGACGUGAGAGUGAAGGGCUAGUCGAGAGUGUUGCUGGUUUGAGUGGGAGAGUCUUGCAUGGGGAUGGUGUGGGAGAGAUAGAGUGUGUUGGUGAGGAAACGGCAGGAGAGGAGGGGGAUGAGGACGUGGUUGAAGUGGAUGAGAAGGUGGGCACACGGAAGUCCACAGCACGUUCAAAAGCAGAAAGAGCAGGUGGAGCAGAGAGAACAGGAGGAGAAGAGGCAGGUGGGGUGCAGGCGAAGGCAUUGACAAAGGCAAGGGGUAACGGGAGGGGCAAAGGGAGGGGCACGGCGGGGAGCAAGUCGAGUGGUGAAGGGGAUGAGGGGCAGCAGGGGGCAGAAGUGGCAGCACAGGGUGGGCACGAGAGACGAGAGCGUGGUGUUGACACUGUGUCAGGCAGCAGCAGCAUUGAUGUUUCAGAAGGGAGGGGCAUGGUGGGGAGCAAGUUCAGCGGUGCAGGGGAUGAGGGGCAGCAGUGGGCAGAAGUGACAGCUGAGGCUCGGGAUGAGGGACGAGAAUGUGGCGCUGACACUCUCUCAGGUAGCAGCAGCAUUAAUGCACGCUACAGCAGAAGGAGCUGCAGCAUUGGGGCUGGGAGCAGCGUUGACUGUGGAGCGAGCAAGGAGAGAGUUCCACGGGCAGACGAGCAGAGCGUGAGGGAGAAAGAUGGUACCGGUGGCGAGGAUGAGGGUCAAAGAGAGGAGGAGGGCGGUGUAGGGGCAGAGGUGGAGGAGGAGGAGGAGGUGGUGGAGGUGGAGGAGGAGGAGGAUGGGGAUGAGGUGGUGGAGGUGGAAGAGGAGGAGAAGGAUGAUGGGCUGCGUGCAUUGCUUGCUGCCUGUCGCCAGCCAUACAUGUGCUCCAUGGAGCAAGCCAUCACGCAAUUCUGCGAUCUGAUGACCAUCCGGAAGAUGGGGGAGGGAAGCUUCGCGGAAGCGUUUGCAGCAGAGGGAGCGGAGGGAGGCGUGUGCCUCAAGAUAGUGCCAGUUGGGGGGCGAGUGCUGGUCAACGAUGAGCCGCAGAAGGUGAGAGUGGGUGCAGUGCGGUGA